AUGAGUCAACUCCGUGUGCGCGUCGAGGGACAAUCAUUCAGAGAUUUCUUGAAUCGAGAAAUCACCUUGCGGGGAAUAAAUGUGGCAGGUGACGCUAAAUAUCCGAAAAUCCCAGAUCUCAGAUCGCACAACGCCCAGGGGUUCUUCGACGCGGAUGUAUCGUUUGUGGGAAAGCCGUUCUCCCUAGAAGAUGCCGAUACACAUUUUCAACGCCUCCGAAAAUGGGGAUACAACACCAUUCGAUACAUCUUCACCUGGGAGGCAAUCGAACACGCUGGUCCUAAGAUCUACGAUGAGGAAUGGAUUGAUUUCACCAUUGGAAUACUUCGUGUCGCUAAGAAAUAUGGGUUCUACAUUUUUAUGGAUCCUCACCAAGAUGUGUGGUCUCGAUUAUCAGGAGGAUCCGGAGCACCUACAUGGACGCUCUAUGCUGCGGGACUUAAUCCGAGAAACUUCAAAAAUACACAGGCUGCCAUAGUUCACAACACUUGGGACAAUCCCGCAGAGUUCCCCAAGAUGCUUUGGUGUACGAACUACACUAGGUUAGCCUGCCAGACUAUGUUUACUUUGUUUUGGGCUGGUCGAGAUUUCGCACCGAAGGCGAUCAUCGAUGGGAUGAACAUUCAGGAUUAUUUGCAAAGCCACUUUAUUGCAGCAUGCAAAUACCUUGCACGAAGAAUCCAAGACGCCGGUGAUCUCGAAGGAGAUGUGGUCAUUGGAUGGGAAAGUAUGAACGAACCCCACAAAGGACUGAUCGGCAAUAAAGAUAUUUCCUCGAUCCCACCGGAGCAGCACCUUCAGCUCGGGACAUCUCCAACGGCGUUUCAGGCCAUGGUAAUUGGCUCUGGGCGGUCCUGUGAGGUAAAAACCUGGGCUUUCGGAACAUUCGGCCCAUACCAGACAGGCAAGGAGGUUAUAGACCCAAAGGGUGAACAGGCAUGGCUUUCUACUGAGUACGACGACUGUCAAUAUGGUUGGCACCGCGACCCGGGCUGGCGGCUCGGUGAAUGUCUCUGGGCGCAGCAUGGUGUUUGGGAUCCAUCUCAAAGCAAAGCCACCCUGCUACAAAAGGACUACUUCUCACGCAACCCACUGACUGGCGAGCUUCUUGACUAUGAAGCCUUUACAAACUCUUACUUUCUGAACCACUACCGAGCGUAUAAGGACGCUAUUCGUAGCGUGUGUGGAAGUACUAUCAUGUUUUGCCAGCCACCUGUCAUGGAGCUACCACCAAGCCUUAAGGGUACCGCCGAUGAUGAUCCGAACAUGGUUCACGCGGCUCACUUCUAUGAUGGCUUGACUCUUUUAACAAAGCACUGGAAUCGACUCUACAACUUGGAUGUUAUCGGGCUGCUUCGGGGCAAGUAUCUUGCACCACCUUUCGCAAUGAAAAUCGGCGAGGCAUUAAUUCGAAAGAGCCUACGUCGUCAGCUCAAGUUCCUGCGCGAUGAAAGCGUCGAACACAUGGGCCAUCAUCCCCUAAUCUUUACGGAGAUUGGCAUACCGUAUGACAUGGAUGAUAAACAUGCAUAUAAGACUGGAGACUAUAGUAGUCAGGUCAGAGCAAUGGAUGCCAACCAUUUUGCGUUAGAAGGCAGCACAGCCAACGGGUUUACCUUAUGGGUUUAUGUGGCAGAGAAUAACCAUCAAUGGGGCGAUCAGUGGAAUGGGGAGGAUCUUUCCUUAUACUCACAGGAUGAUUUGGAAUUACGAAUCAAAACCUCUUCCGACUCAACAGAGUCAGGGUCCACAGAGUGCUCUAAAGAUCAUCUUAUCCAUGUCGAAGAAGAGGAAUUUGGCUCGCUUAAAGCCUUGAAACGCCUUUUCACCUCGUUUGAUUUCUCCCAGGCUACCAUGCGGCCGCGACGGGGCCACAGGGCAGUGGAGGCAUGGCUCCGUCCCGCUCCUGUCUUCACGAAUGGGCGAUUAGAGAACUAUACUUUCGAUUUGAAGAAGUGUACAUUCACCAUGAGAUUGAUUGCAAACCAGGCUGCAACUCACACCCCGAGUGAAAUAUACCUCCCCGAGUUCCAUUUUCCAAUGGGAGAUACCUUGGUUACGGUGAGUGGAGGCGAAUGGGAAAUCUGCCUCCAGGAAUUCCAUACAGUCAAGCUUCAAUAUCUGCGAUGGUGGCAUGGCGAAGGGGCAGUGGAGAUCAAGAUCGAGAAAACGAAACGGGUGUCACGGGAAUAUGCCGCUCUACGAAAACAUUACCGGAGCCAAUGCAUGAUGAUGUGA